AUGGACUCAUCGCCCCCAAAAUAUAAUGGGACGCAAAAUCCUGAAGAGUGGUUAAAAGAAUUCCGUUUUUUUUGUUUACUUCGUGGAAUUCACGAAGAGCAUGAAAUGUUAGAAUUAGCGUUAUUAAAAAUCGAUAAUACCAUUCCUAUACCGAAGGAGGGGAUAUCUUCAUUUUCAGAUUUAUCGAACCUUCUAAAAGAUCACAUAACUUAUACCUUACAAUGUAAAGUGGCAUUUGAGGAAUUAAAAGGAAUUAAAUAUAAUGUAGAUGUGAACAUAGUUGAUUUUAUAGCAAAAUUUCUUUCGCUUUGCGCUAAUUCUCAUGUUAUAAACGUUCAAGAUCAAAAAACUUGUUUAGUUCAAGCAUGUCCUGAUGAUGUUGUUAGAGAUAUCUUUAUAAAUAAAAUCAAAAAACAACCUUCUAUGCAUAGAGUGAUUGAAAUUUUUCAUGAUACCAUGACAGAAUAUAAAAGUCAAAUAAGAUAUGGAUCAAGAGUAGCAUUAAAGCACGUCGUCACUAGUCAAUAUUUAUCACACGGAAAUAAACAUAAGCCUGACCCGCUGAGAGCAAAUUUAUCUGAGGUAUUCUGCAGUAGUUGGAAACGGAGUGAAAAUGAUAUUUGGAUCGUAACAGCUACUUACGGUCAGAAUAAAGCGCCUGGUGAUCCGAUUUUUUUUAAUUCUAUGAUUCAAUUGGUUCAUGAAAAAACACGAGAAGCAUUAUUCGGUGACGAGGGUCAAUUAAAUUUAUCAGGAGCAUGGGUGUGGACGCUAACAGAUCCGAGAACGAAUUGGAUCGUUCAAAGUCACGAUCUUUUACAUUAUGAUAAUCCGGACUACGUUAUGGAUGGAGAUAUAAUUACUUUACGACAUAAUCUUAAUAAAAUGUCCUUACAGAGUCAUGAGUUUAAAAAUUCUGAAGGAAAUCAAGAAGUCAUCAUCCACGGUGAUGGCCAAGGAGACAUUCAUAAGUCGACCGCUAUUAAUAAUAUUCCUACUUUGACCCCGAGAGCAAAGUCUCCACCGUUAAAUAAACGUACUUCGAUAACGUCUCCAAGAUUUUAUGAAAUUCUUGAUUACGUAGCCACCAAAAUGAAUGUUCCAUUACAUUUUGGUAGUUUUAUGAAGAGGCGUUUUAACAAGGAUGAUAUAUCGGCACCUCGGGACUUCGAGCAUCUUAUUCAUACAGAGAGCGGGGAACAGGCUGAAGACUUUUUAGUUUAUUUGAAUAAUCAAACUUUGAGUAAAUGUCCAGGUGAUACGAUACAUUAUAAAACGUUUUCAAAGCAAUUCGAUGGAGAACCAUUAAUUCCUGACAUUGAAAUAAAUAAAAGUGGAACCGUUAUAAUUAAAAAUUAUGCCAAAGAUAAAUUACCUAUUGAUGAUAGCGAAUUUUUAAAUCAAAUAGUUCCUUCUUUGACCACAAUUGAAAAAUCUGUAGCAGCAAAGGUUUAUUUCGAAAAUUAUUUCUAUGGAAUUCUCAAAAAACCUUCGGGAAGAUCCAAGCGUCGAAUGCAAUUAGAAACAGAUCUCGAGAAUAUGAAAAUUUCAGAUCAAGAUAAACGGGAGAUAAGGCAAGAAUGGCUUAACCUAGAAUCUGAUUACAUGCGUUUAUUACGUAGAAAAAUUACGAUCAAUUCAUUUCAAAUAAUUAAAACCGUUGGUCAUGGAGCCUUUGGUGUUGUUAAGUUGGUUCGUGAUCAUACAACUGGUGUUACAUAUGCUAUGAAAGUCAUGAGAAAAGCUGAUAUGUUGAAGAAAGGUCAAGAGGGUCAUGUUAAAGCCGAAAGAGAUCUUUUAACCGCAGCCGCGGAGACCGCUCAAUGGAUUGUUAAAUUGAAUUAUUCCUUCCAGGAUGUUGAUCAUUUAUAUUUAGUUAUGGAAUAUAUGCCUGGUGGUGAUUUAUUAAAUCUUUUAAUUGAAAAAGAUAUAUUUGAAGAGGAAUUUGCUAAAUUUUAUGUUGCUGAAAUGAUUUUAUGUAUCGAAGAGGCUCAUAAAAUGGGUUAUAUCCAUCGGGACGUUAAGCCCGAUAACUUUCUUUUCGAUGGGGAAGGGCACAUAAGACUUUCAGAUUUUGGAUUGGCGACCGAUUUCCAUUGGGUACAUGAUUCACAUUAUUAUGAGCAGCAGCGAAGAGAUCUUUUACGUAAAACGGGAGUUGAUCUUGAAACGGAUACACUAUCAAAGGCAAUGGCUAAAAAAUAUAGAACACCCAAAUGGAUGGAUCAAUGGUCCGAUGAAGAUGUAUCAGAUAGUGAUGUUCCUAAUACAAGAGUGUUAAGUUGGAGAGACAAGAAUCGAAAAAAGAUGGCAUUCUCCGUCGUCGGGACAAAUAAUUAUAUGGCACCGGAAGUAUUAAGAGGAACUGGAUACAAUAGAGGCUGUGAUUGGUGGAGUUUAGGAGUUAUUAUUUUCGAAAUGUUAUACGGAUAUCCUCCAUUCAGUUCAAAGACUCGUCAUGCAACUCGUCAAAAGAUAGUUAAUUGGCGCCAAUACCUUCGUUUCCCAUCCCGUCCCCGAGUUUCACGUGAGGUCCAAGAUUUAAUAGAGAACCUUAUAUGUGAAAAAGAAGAUCGUUUAGGAUCAAAAUCGACAUCAUCGGCAGUAAAACCAAAUGGACUUUAUAUGGCAAAUCGUAAAUCAGCUGUUUUAGGUCUCGGGGACGCAUCAGAAAUUAAAUUACAUCCGUGGUUUAAAGGGAUUGAUUGGGAGAAUUUACAUAAAAAGACACCACCUUUUAGACCGCAAUUAAGCUCAGAAAUCGAUACGAGAUAUUUCGAAGAUAACAUUGAUGAUAAUCCAUUGGCACCACCUGGAGGUGAAGUUGAAAGGAAACCGAAAGAUCCGAUGUUGAGGGAUAAAAAUCAUGGCAAGGAAAUUUUAAAGAUGAGAAAAGAAUUAGCAUUUAAAGGAUAUACUUACAAAGGACUACCUUUGGAAAAUCAGAGGGGUGGUAUGGCUGAAAGGGUCAAAAAAAGGGGGAGUGGAAUUAAAAACGAUAUGAGUUUAAGGGUUAGGUCUAUGAGUUUAUGA